CAGUUUGUAUAUAUGUAUGUUGCAAUCACAAUGAGAAUGACAGGAUUUCAUGUGCAUAUCAUUGCCAUUCAUACUCUAAUUUUAUCAUGGUAUCAAAGCAGUGAAGGUUCAAUCGACAGCAAGAGUUUGCUGCAAACAAUCGAUUUCGACGGCAAGUUUUGCUGCGUUCAACAAUCGACAAUGAUUGACACUACAGCCAAGAAUGGAUCCAAAAUGGAAAAGAGAGAGAUAGGUAUCCUUAAGACAACAAAUCUAGAUUCACCCUAUUUUCUCAAUUCCAGUGAUGAUCUAGGGAGGGUCUUAGUCACGACUCCCUUGAUCGGGGAGAAUUACCACACGUGGAGAAAGAGUAUGCAGAAUGCCUUAUUUGCAAAGAACAAGAUGGGGUUUGUUGAUGGGAGCCUUAAGAGACCAAAUGUAGAUUCCCCAAAGUAUCAGGCUUGGACAAAGUGCAAUUCUAUGGUGCUUUCAUGGUUACUUAAUGCUCUUUCUAGGGACUUGCAGGGAAGUGUGGCCUAUGUGGAGAGUGCUGCUGAGGUUUGGAAUGACUUACAUGAAUGCUUCUCACAAGGAAAUGCAUCUCGGGUACAUGAAUUAAAACUAGAACUUGCAACCACCACACAACAGUCAAGAUCAAUAGCAGCAUAUUUCACAAAAUUGAAGCCUAUAUGGGAUGAACUACAAGCAAAUGAGCUUGUGCCGACAUGCACUUGUGGUUGUACAUGUGGUGCAGCAAAGGAAUCACAGAUCUUAAGCAUAGAACCCCUGCCCUCACUAAAUAAGGUGUAUGCAAUGACUACCAAAGAGGAGAAGCAACAAGCAGUGGCUGCAUCUAGAAGUCCAAUUAUAGAAGCAACAGCCUUAGCAGCAAAGAUGAACCAUACUGGGAAAUCUUCUAUGUCAGGGAAGCUACGCUGUGAUCAUUACAAGAAGGUUGGUCAUACUAAAGAGAGAUGCUAUGAAAUCAUUGGAUACCCAGUUGGUUGGAAGAUAGGGCCAGCCAAAAUGAAGGGAAAGGGGGAGCAACAAAAGCAUCAACAUCAGGAGAAAGAGUUGAUUUUUGCAGCCAAUACAUCACAUGAGUCACAGAUGGCAGGAGAUUCACUAGAUCAGUCACCAAUUGCAGGACUUUCUAAAGUGCAGUAUGAUCAACUCCUCAUGCUUCUUGGUGGUAAUUCUACUCCUAAACAUUCCAUCAACCUAGCUGGUAAGGCAACAAACUUAAUUCCCUGGAUUAUUGAUAGUGGUGCAUCAGACCAUAUGACACCUAAUAUUUCCAUACUUCAAGACAUAAAACCUUACUCUUCUCUAGUUCAUAUUCCCGAUGGCACCACCUUAGAAGUGUUUAGUAUAGGAAAGACUGUAUUGCCAAACAAACUUACAUUGAACAAUAACCUAGCCUCGAGGAAGUUGAUUGGAAUGGGUAAGCUUCGUGGAGGGCUAUACUAUUGUGACUUUGGGCAUAUUGCUGCAACAAGUCACACCAAGCAAAAGGAGGACACAUCCUUGGAGUUGUGGCAUCAGCGACUAGGCCAUGCAUCCAUAGAAAGAAUAACCAAAUAAUUUAUGUGCCUACAUGUUUAAGCAAAAUAAAGCAUGUUUGUGACACUUGUCAUCGUGCCAAGCAAACAAGAUUGCCUUUUCUUAUUAGCAAUAAUGUCUCUACCCAUUGUUUUGCCUUAAUUCAUUGUGAUAUAUGGGGUAGGUAUGCCACUCAAUCUAAUACAGGAGCACACUAUUU